AUGCUCCAAAUAGCUAUCUUGUUGAGUACUGUUAUGGCUGCCUAUUCAGCUACUUAUGGAGAUCGAUAUGUCAAAGACUAUCGGGAUUAUGCCAUUGAUGAUACACAGAACUUGUAUCCUUCAAGACCAGUUACUCACACAUUCCCUAAUAGAACUCAAUGCUUCGAGCUCUGUGAACUUCCAUGCAGUGUUACACAUGUGUACAUGGGACUUCAGAAUAUUGAAAUGUUCAAUUGCGCCAAGCUUCGUCCACCUAAGAUCAGUGUACUAGGAUCGAUCAGAGGAAACUCUUUUUACAUGACUCUUGUAGUGCUUGGAUGUAUUACAGUUGGAGUCGUGACACUCUUGACCAUUUGUUUUUGCUGUUCCUACUGCUGCAGACCUUCUGCUUCCAGUAGAGGCUCUUCCAAAGAUGCUUUAGCCCGAAACGAAAGUGAAUUCAGGGAAUACCUAACUGAUACUGACAGCAUGAUGCUACGAGCAGAGCGCGAUCAUGCACGUAAAUCAAAAUCAGCUUCAGGAUUCCAUGUAUAG